AUGGACCACCGCGGCUCGUUGUUCUUCUUCCUCGUCGUCCUCUAUUUUCUCCUCAGCUCACAGUCACAUCCGCCGUUAAUAUCCCAAGACCGCGAGCACCAGCGGGAGCUUGAAAGGGAACGUCAAGCGCUGCAUCUGUUGAACGAGUCCCGAUAUGGUGACUUUGACCCGCAAGCCGACAAAUGGCUCCCAUUUAUCGGAGCUCGGAAGAACGAUAGCUAUGACUGGGGACUCCUAGCAGACGCUCAGGAGAGAGCUCGUUAUCAACUGGGAUCGGCGUUUUCAGACUCUGGUCUAGUACCUCCGCGCGGUCUCGAAGACGGCAACGCAUCUCGCGCAUUGAAUCUUUCCCAACUGGCCCUACCCGUUUAUCGCAACUCAACAGGAACUCUGAGAGGAGACUGGGUGCGUCGCAAGCUGGAUGCAGACCGUCCUCCGCUCAACACAACCGCUAUCGUUCUCGAGCAUGAGUAUUUCACCCGCGAGUUCGGUCAGAACAUCACUGGCAACAGCGGAGAGUUCUAUUUGAAUGUCCACGAGGGAGGCGGGGAGGAACUGGAGUCUGCUCAAGGCCAUGUCCGGGAGAUCCGAGCAACGCUGUCCGUGGAAACUGAUGAUUACUGGGGCCACACCUGGUACAUCUCGUUGUACGGGGUCCAUUUCCCUGAGACGGGUGGCAUUGUCCUGACGACGACGAGUGAGAAGUUUCGUGGUGUGUUUAGUCUACCACACUUGACUAUGACAAUGGACUCCUACAAUAUUUCCCAUCAGCUCCUUGUCAAGUCUCUUUCGGACACUAUUGCGGAAAAGCAGAAUCGACCUCCUACACUUUUCCCUUGGUCUUCUCUAGUUGGGACGGAGCAGGUGGAAUUUCCAUCUCCCAAAUGUGAACACAUUGUCUACUUGCAACAGCAUCCUGUGGCUAUCGAAGGCUACUUGGCAGAUCAAGUGGUCAUUGAUCAAAUAGAGCAGGAGCUGAGAUUCCCAAUGGGCGCGCCAAUACCUUCCCCACCUUUGAUGGUCAUGUCAGGCGUGGUGUAUUCACCUGACUGUGGUUACAUUCUCGAGACGAAAGGAGCCCCUGAUUUUCCUCCGACGGACGGACUGUAUUUACGAGGUCCCAAAACAGAGGAGUACGCUAGAUACGCCAGUCACGUUGUGUUUUUGAUAUGCGCAACGUUUAUCGGGCAAAUUAUGCUGCUUAUGCGACAAAUAAAGGAUGCCUCUACUCCGUCAACACGAAGUCGGAUCAGUUUCUAUACAAUUGCUUGCAUGGCCUACGGAGACGCAUUUGUGCUAGCCUUCAUCCUACUGGAGCUCUACUCCGCUCUUACAUUCCUGGUCAUGGCAACCUUGGCUUUUCUCGCUUUUCUCUCUGUCAGCUAUAUUGCAAUGAAGUUCAUGAUAGAGAUAUGGGCUAUUCAAGCACCGGAACGAAGAGAGCAGGAGCGUCGAUCCGGUCCGCCAGCAUCCUCGACUCGCCCUAGUGGGCUACCUCUUCCUGCUACAGCGGCUGGAGUCAGAGAUACUGGCGCUACGCCGAUCGUCAUUUUGACACCCGAUCAAGAUCCCCCUGCCGAGGAGGAAGAAGAGGAGGUAGCUACACCAAAUCGUUCUACGGUGCCAACAGCCCGAGAAACUCGGAGUGAUGUUGGCGCGAUGUACACACGCUUCUACUUCAUUCUCUGUGUGAUGUUUUUGGUGUCUGUCUGGUCCUUCCUCUGGCCCAAUCGACUGGGUGCUUGGUAUGCCAGGGUAUUGGCGUUCAUCUACCUUUCAUUCUGGGUACCGCAAAUAUACCGCAAUGUCAUGCGCAACUGCCGAAAAGCCUUACAAUGGGAUUUCGUCAUCGGUGAAAGUUGUCUCAGACUUGCUCCGUUCCUCUACUUCCUCACAGUACGCGAAAACGUUCUAUGGGUUCGUCCAGACACUAAAAUCGCCCUCUCCCUUACUGGCUGGGUAUGGAUUCAAGUUUGGCUCUUGGCAAGCCAGGACAUCCUAGGCCCCCGAUUCUUCGUUCCCCGAGGCUGGGCCCCUCCUGCCUACGACUACCACCCAAUUCUUCGUGACGACCCGGAAACAGGCCCCGACGCGGAAUCCGGUGGCGGCGUCCUCUCUAUAUCCGCCCUGCGUGCAGACGGUCGAGACUCUUCGGACUCAAAAGACGACGACCGAGCUCGCAACAAGGACCGAAAGAGGGCGAUCUUUGAUUGUGCUAUCUGCAUGCAAGACAUCGAUGUACCUGUUCUCGCAGCACCAGGAGCCGCCGGCGGCAGUAGUGUUACGGAUGGAGCAACAAGUCUGCUCACUCGCCGCACUUAUAUGGUUACUCCCUGCCGCCAUAUUUUCCACAGCGCCUGUCUUGAGAGCUGGAUGAAGCUUCGUUUGCAGUGUCCUAUUUGCCGCGAGUCCAUUCCUCCUGUUUAG